AAAAAAAUUACCGAAAAAUAAUUAAAAAUUAAAAAAAUUGAAUUAAAAAUAAAUUAAAAUUAUAGUUUUAAUUUUUAAUUAUUUUUCGGUAAUUUUUUUCAUAUAUGAAAAAAUGAGGGACUAACUCUGCUGGGGCUCGAAAUCCAGAAGCUAAUAAAAAAUUGUAAACAUGAUAAUUUUUAAAUAUAAAUAUUUUUGAAUUAAAAAAUAUUUUUAAAAUAUAAAAAAAAAUUUAAAGUAAAAUUUCACCAACUGUCAUUUUGAAAUUUGUAUUUUUAAACCGCGCUGAAAAAUCAAUUAUACUCUAGCGUUACUUUUAUGAACUUGCGAGAGAACUCGACUCAAAAUAGUCAUAAUAUUUGUUUUUUAUUUUCUUUAUGUAUUACAUUUUCAUUUUUUAAUUAAAAUUUGUUACGAUUUGGUUUACUUGUGUUUUUAUAAACAAAUAUGUCGACGAAAAAGGGAGAAUUUCAAAGACUACCCUUAAAUAUUUCGCCGUAUCAUUAUAAUAUUACUUUGUUGCUUGAUUUCGAGAAUUUCACAACUACCGGAGAGCAAUAUGUUUACAUUGAUGUGAAAGAAUCGACAAAUAAUGUAAUUUUAAAUUCAGUGAAUAUCGACAUUAAUUAUGCGGCUUUUCAAAAUGAAAAUGGAGACACUUUAUCAUCGAAAGAAAUUAUUUUCAAUUCAGAGGAAGAAAAAGUAACGAUAUUUUUUCAUGAAAAUCUCUCAGUUGGAAAAAAUGGAUAUUUACAUUUUAAGUUCCAAGGAAAAAUCAGUGACACCCUAAAGGGUUUAUAUCGUAGCAAACAUAUUGGGGCAGAUGAAAAUAUUACUUACACAGCAAUAACACAAUUUGCACCAACAGAUGCAAGACGUUGUUUUCCUUGUUGGGAUGAACCAAUAAUUAAGGCCACAUUCGAAUUAACUUUAGAAAUUCCAAAGGCAUUCUCCGCCAUUUCCAAUAUGCCACUGAAGACAAAAACAACAAGAGGCGAGAAGACAGAAAUUUAUAAAUUCGACAAAUCGCCAAAAAUGUCAACAUAUCUCCUCGCCUUCGUUGUCGGUGAUUUCGAUCACAUAGAAUCAAAAUCCUCUGACAAUAUUCUCACAAAAAUCUACACACCCAAGGGAAAAUCACAAUUGGGAAACUACGCUUUAGACGUGGCAAUAAAAGUCCUACCAUUCUACAAAGAAUACUUCAAAAUAUCCUAUCCACUACCAAAAAUUGAUUUAAUAUCCGUCAUGGAUUUUGCAUUCGGUGGAAUGGAAAAUUGGGGUCUAAUAAUAGCCCGCGAAAUGUGUUUACUAGUCGACAUGGAGAAUACAUCGACAACACGAAAACAAAGAAUCGCUCUUCUCGUAAGUCACGAAAUUGCCCAUCAAUGGUUCGGCAAUCUAGUCACAAUGAAAUGGUGGGACGAUCUUUGGCUCAAUGAAGGUUACGCCUCAUUCGUCGAAUUUCUUUGCGUCAAUCAUUUAUUUCCCGAGUACGAUAUUUGGACACAAUUUGUCACAAAUACAUAUAUUCCAGCUCUCGAAUUGGACGCACUAAAAAAUACCCAUCCAAUUCAAGUGCCAAUAAAUCAUCCAUCAGAAAUCGAUGAGAUUUUCGACGCCAUUUCGUACAAUAAAGCGGCGAGUAUAAUUCGAAUGUUGCACGCAUUCAUUGGCGAUGAUAAUUUCAAGAAGGGAAUGAAUAUUUAUUUGGAGAGAUUUUCUUAUAAAAAUGCCGAGACAGAGGAUCUUUGGGAGGCUCUAGAGGAGGCGAGUGGUUUGCCAGUGAGGCAAAUAAUGCCAACUUGGACGAAACAAAAGGGUUUUCCGAUUUUGGACAUAAAUCAUCAUUGGCAGGACUGUGAUUUAAUUUUGACACUCACACAGCGUCGAUUCUUCGUCGAUGGCACACGGGACGUGGAGAAUAAUCUUUGGGUGAUACCAGUGCAAAUAAGUCUGGGAAAGAGGGAAAAAAUCAUGAGUAGUGUCAUGGACGAGAAGAAGAAGGAAAUUGUUAUUAAGAACAUUAGUCGAAGUACUUGGAUUAAGGUGAAUUCGGGAACGAUCGGUUAUUAUCGAACGAAAUAUAGUUCGGAGUUGUUGGAACUUUUGAUAAGUGCAAUAAAAAGUAGGGAAUUGCCUCCGCUGGACAGAUUGGGAAUUUUGAAUGAUACCCUGGCAUUUGCUCGCGCUGGCGAAACGACAACGGUGGACGUUCUGAAAUUACUGCAAUCGUUUCAAUUCGAAAUUAACGCCACCGUCUGGUCGAGUAUUAUCGCCUGCUUCGACGAAAUUGGCCUUCUGGUGAAUAACCAGGAAUUUGAGAGUUCUUUCAAGUCCUUCGGACGAUCGAUUCUGAGAACUAUUUACACGAAACUCGGUUGGGACUCGAAGACGAAUGAAAAUCAUCUCGAUACGAUUUUACGACCCUGUAUCAUUGAGAAAAUGAUAUUCCUCGAGGAUGAGGAAAUUAUCAAUGAGGCGAAAAAGAAGUUCAAACUACAUCUCACAGGAAAAUGUAUUUUACCCCCAGAUCUGAAAAAUCCAGUCUAUAAAGCUGUACUUCUUGUGGGCGACAAUGAAACCCUCGAAACGAUGUUGAAAUUAUAUCGUGAAUCCGAUUUGCAGGAGGAAAAAUCAAGAAUUUUGAAAGCAAUCGGUACAGUGAGAGACGAGCAUCUAAUUAUUAAAGUUUUGGAUUUUUUAAUAUCCCCCGAAGUUCGUUCGGCGGACACUGUUCUUGCGAUUUCCUCCGUCACAUUAACGCAGAAUGGUCGAUUUCUAGUUUGGGAAUUUUUCAAAAAAAAUUGGAAACUAUUUUCCGAACGCUAUAAUGGAAGUUAUUUGUUUCCGAAUUUGGUGAAAUAUGUGACGGAGCAUUUCUCCACUGAGGAUAUGGCCAGGGAGGUUGAGGAAUUUUUUGAAAAUAAAUCAAAGGCGAGUAUCGAACGAGCCAUUUUACAGGGUGUCGAGUGUAUUCGAUUGAAUUCCGCUUGGUUGAAUCGCGAUAAGGAGGCGAUGAGAAUUUUUUUGAAUUCACAAUAGAUUUUUUUUACAAUUUUUGAUUCCUAGAAGUUUUGAACGUUCAGAAAUAAGGGAAAUUUAUUUUCUAUUUUAUGUUGAAAAAUUUUGAAUC